AUGUUGCAGGGGGAUUUUUUACCGACGGAACCAUCAGGGAAGCCACCACCACUACAAUGCAUGUAACCGAAACUAAUCCUCUGACUGUUAUAUUGUUGUCUCUUAUUGAAACUAACUAUAAUUUUCCAUUCCAUUUAAUCUCAACAUAUAAAAAUACUGCUUGGGUUCAAUAGAUUUAUCGAGUCAUUUAAAGGAUUUGUUUUUUAUCAGAGAAGGAACAUGCAGAUCAUACUGCAAAUAAAGGAGAUAGCUCCUAUAGGUUAUAAGCAAUAUAUAAUGAAGCUCCUAUAGGUUAUAAGCAAUAAAUAAUGAAGGGACUUGGGAGCUAUCGAUGAAACAAGAUUGGCAGAGAAUUGAUAUUUGUUGGAGCUGAGUGAGGGUAAGUGGGAGUUCAUUACACUAUUUUCUAUGUUGAUCUGAAGCAUUCCAUAAUGAAGUUUUAUUUUUAAUCUCAGGAAGUAUUUGAAUUCCACACUUUGAUACUGAAGGAUAAGACGAGGCCAAAGAGAAGUCAUUUUUGUGAGAGCAAUGUGAUAGUAGGAUGGACAGAUGGAGUAGCAAAUUCAAAUUAGGAAUCUGUUAUAUCUUUUUAUUAAACUAACAUUGGACACUGCCUGUACACUGGUCCUGGAAAGAAAAACAUUACCAGGCAUAGCCUACAGAUCUGAGGGAGACCCAAGAAAGGCAGAGACUUAAACACAGCUCCCCUCCCCCUCUCCUGAGGUGGAGGGUACAUUCUGAUUCCAUGGCAGUUGACACUGGUUAGGAGAGGACAGUUUGGGGCCGAAAAGGGGCUAAAGGAAAAGAAGCAGGUCCACUCCAUGCUGGGACUAGACAACUCUCCUCUGAGGCUGAGGCUAAGCAGACUAUGCAGCACCCUCUUCUCUCCACAAUUCUCUGGAACUGGGUUGAAUGGAUCGCAGCUGUUACCAUUGCUGCUGGAACAGCUGCAAUUGGUUAUCUAGCUUACAAAAGAUUUUAUGUUAAAGAUCAUCGCAACAAAUCUAUGGUAAACCCUCACAUCCAGAAAGAUAACCCCAAGGUAGUACAUGCUUUUGAUAUGGAGGAUUUGGGAGAUAAAGCUGUGUACUGCCGUUGUUGGAGGUCCAAAAAGUUCCCACUCUGUGAUGGAUCUCACACAAAACACAAUGAAGAAACUGGAGACAACGUGGGACCUCUGAUCAUUAAGAAAAAAGACACUUAAAUGGACAGUUUUGAUGCUGCAAACCAACUUGUCAUGAUGUUUCCUGAUUGCUUAAUUAGAAUGACUACCACUUCCGUCUAAUUCACCUCCUCUGGGUUCUAGAUGUGUGGUAAACUAUAGCUUUCAUAUUCACGGCAUUUGCCUUACAUGUGGAACCAUUGUGGUGCACAUCUGUUGAAACAAAAAAGGAAAAACAAAAAACCAAUCUCAUGGCCUGAGGGUUAUUUUGGUCUCUUAAGGAUCUGUUUCUUAACAUUUAAAACUGACAUUAGAAUAUAGUUGUAUGUCAAAGUUAACGUAUUAAAUUAUUCUCAAAAUCA